UUGAAAACAAAAUGGCGGCGCCCUUGGUGAACUUAUGAGCUCAGAAGCAGGUCAUUUACGAAGGAAUUACACGAUGGACAUGGCAUUUAUAUUAUGAUUUUUAGGCUUAAUGUCAGCACGAUUAUAACGCGGAAUUAAAGGACUUAUAAAUAAAUUGGUGACCUAACCAUGCAGGGGUCAGUGCAGCGCCUGGUUCUGCUUCCCCUGGCCGCAGCCCGAUCUGGUAGCAUCACGGCGCCUCUCUUCAGGCCAGUAGCCUCCCUGUGGAGACCCAGCACUCGCACCCUGUUCAGUGAGACAGGAGUGUGGGAAAAGGAGUACCGACCAGAGACCCGGCGCAGGGUGGAAGAAUGGUGGCAUCCACGUGUCAUGGCCCAGUGGAAGACGGAUGUGCUGCCAGAGGGUUCGGAUAGGAAGAAGUUCUACGUCCUGUCCAUGUUUCCGUACCCGUCAGGUCGACUGCACAUGGGCCACGUGCGAGUGUACACCAUCAGUGACACCAUAGGCCACUUCCAGAGAAUGAGAGGCCACCAGGUGCUGAAUCCCAUGGGCUGGGAUGCUUUUGGGCUUCCAGCUGAGAACGCAGCUAUUGAGCGAGGUCUUGACCCAGAGCAGUGGACUAAAAGUAACAUAGAGUCAAUGCGGGAGCAGCUGGACAGUCUUGGCCUUUGCUUCAACUGGGACCGGGAAGUGACCACUUGUCUGCCAGACUACUACAGGUGGACACAGUAUCUGUUUAUCAAGCUGCUUGAAGCAGGACUGGCAUAUCAGAAAGAGGCUGUGGUGAACUGGGAUCCCAUUGAUCAGACGGUGCUGGCUGAUGAGCAGGUGGAUGAAAACGGUCGCUCCUGGAGGUCUGGCGCUGUGGUGGAGCAGAAGCUACUCACACAGUGGUUCAUUAAAACCACAGAUUAUGCCAAGCCUCUCCUGGAUGCUCUGGCAGACCUUCCUGAGUGGUAUGGGGUGAAAGCCAUGCAGGCCAACUGGAUUGGAGAGUGCACCGGCUGCUACUUCGACUUUAAACUCAAGGUGAAUGGGGAGGAGAGUGGGGAGACUCUGUUCGCAUACAGCUUCGCCCCAGAGGUGGUGUUUGGAGCAGCCUUCCUGGCCAUCCUGCCCUCCCACAGGCUGCUGCAUGGAAGCAGCGCUCUCCGUCCUGCCCUGGAGAGGGCCUUCGAGCCGGGCAGAGACUGCGUGACAGAAAUAACGGCUCAGAACCUGUUCACCGGCCACGAGAUUCCCCUGGUCAUCUCACACAAGGAGGCAUUUGAUGGCUAUCUGGACACAGUGAUUGGGAUCCCAGACACUAGUGAGGAGGACCUUUCUGUGGCCAAAGCUCUGAAUCUGAACUGGACCACGGUGCUUAACAGCCAUGAAGAUGGGUCACAAACUCUGAUAAACUCAAAGCAGUUCUCAGGCCUCACCAGAGAGCAGGCGUUUGACUCCAUUACCCAAAAGGCCAGGGAGCAGAGGGUGGGUGGCCACCUCACCAGCUCAAAGCUCAGGGACUGGUUAAUAUCAAGACAGCGAUACUGGGGCACACCCAUCCCCGUGGUGCAUUGUGGGUCCUGCGGCCCGGUUGCGGUACCUGAGGAGGAUUUACCGGUGACGCUGCCAAAGCUGCCGUCUCUCACAGGAAAGGGAGCAUCACCCCUGGAGGCGGCGCAUGAAUGGGUCAACUGCAAAUGUCCCAGAUGUAAGGGCCCAGCGAGGAGGGAGACUGACACCAUGGACACCUUUGUGGAUUCAGCCUGGUAUUACUUUCGAUACACAGACCCCCAUAACCCCGACAGGCCUUUCGGGCGCCACCAAGCAGAUCACUGGCUGCCUGUGGAUGUGUACAUCGGGGGAAAGGAGCACGCCGUCAUGCACCUGUACUACGCACGCUUUCUCUGUCACUUUUGCAAGGACCAGGGUCUCGUAGCGCACAGGGAGCCGUUUCGUAAGCUGCUGGUCCAGGGUCUGAUCAAGGGCCAGACGUUCAAACGGGCAGAUAGUGGGCAAUAUCUGAAGAGAGCGGAGGUGGACUUCACAGGUUGUAUCGCUGAUGAGGAGCCAGUGGCGCUGGGUGGUGGCCGCGUGGAAGUAACAUGGGAAAAGAUGAGCAAGUCUAAACACAACGGCCUGGACCCCCAGGAGGUGGUGCAGCAGUACGGCGUGGACACAGUGCGACUCUACGUUCUUUACGCCGCGCCGCCGGAGCAGGACAUCCUCUGGAAUGUGAAGACGGACGCCCUGCCGGGGGUCCUGAGGUGGCAGGCCCGGCUGUGGCAGCUGGUGACCAAGCUCCGGGGGGCUCGGCAGCUGGGAGACGUCCCCAACCCGUCGCUGCUGGGGAAGAGGGAGCUGGAGGAGACCCGGAGGAUCUGGCAGAAUAAGAAUUAUGCUGUCCAGCAGGUGACAUCUCACUUUACAGAGGACUUCCUCUUUAAUGCAGCCAUUUCUCGUCUGAUGGGACUUACCAAUACAUUGAGUAGUGCGACAGUCAAGGUGGUGCAGCACAGUGUGGACUUUGAGGAGGCUCUGGCUGCACUGGUGAUGAUGACUGCACCCAUGGCCCCUCAUCUGGCGUCUGAGCUUUGGGCAGGUCUUUGCCAGGUGCAAAACCCCCUCAGUCCUCUCCUCAAGCAGGGAGGAGACGUCCUGCAGCAGUCCUGGCCCAAAGUGGACCCCGAAUACCUGGAGGCUCCAGACCUGGUGGAACUUUCUGUACUGAUCAACAACAAGCCCUGUGGGAAAGUGACGGUGCCUCUUCAAGUGUCCAAAGACACGGCGCAGGUGCAGCAGCUGAUCCUGGACUCGCCGCUCGGGCAGAAGCUCCUCAGCCAGCGCAGCAUCAAGCGAACCAUCCUGUCCCCUCGAACCGCCCUCGUCAACUUCCUUAUUGACGAGUGACGUCACCGCCGCUUUUGUAACGGACUGAGAGCUGUGAAUGUCUGUCCAUCAGACAGACGAGGUGAACUUUUCAUAAGACGAAAAAACAAAAGUUAGUUUCUAUUAAUGGGGGGCUUCACUGGAUUUCAAAUUGUUCCCUGUGGUAUUGGUUUGAGUUUUUGAGUGGAAAUAAUUGUGUUUGAGUUCAGGUGAUGUCAUCUGCUUGCUCGUUCUAUGGAGGCUGUAGUGUUACUCAUCCAGGACUCCUGGACUGAAUCGCCUUUAAUAGAGAAGUAGAAAAAGAUGUUUUUAACUCAUACAAUUUGAAAUAAGAACUACAGAAAGCAAGUUGAAAUCAGUGAAGUCUGACAGAAUAUCAUUGUAAAUAAGAUGUUAUUUAUACUUUUCUGUUUUUAAUAAAAGUCUCGAGGAGCA